AUGCCUCGCACCCCGACCAACGCCACUUCUGCCUCUACCCCUGCCGAACACGGCCUGGAAGCCCGCCCCGCGGAUGCGACCGACAACAACAACCUCAGCAAUGAAGGGCGGGCCCCUUCUCCUACGUAUGCACAAGUCGCGUCGCGCCCUCCGUCUCCCCGCAGGAGCGGCAGUGCGACCAGCGAAACCACUGCUGUGCAUAAAGCGCCGGCACCUCCCCCUCCGACCCCCCUCGCUACGGAGAGCCCUGCUGAAGCUCCCUUCACGCAACGUGGCGCCGCAGCGAGCGACGACGAGGACUUGGGAUGGACCACGGUUAAAGCCCCGUUGAAGUCCAAGAAGUCAAAGCCCAAGAAGGGCAAAGGCAAAGCGAAGGCGACCGUCCCAGUCCAACAGCAGGACACCCAGGCCCCCGGGCUUACUAUGACGCCGAAUGCAUCGCCGAAGAGCAGUGAGCCCCGGAAGCGGAGGCGGACCGACUACGGAGACGAAGGCCUAACAGCCGACAAGCGACAGGAUGCCCCUGUAAGCCUCUCACACUCCUCGAAAUUGCCCCUGCUGUUCGAACAAAGCUCUGCGUCCUCCCAGUCGCCCGCCCAGAUCGACUCUCAGAGUGCCAACGAAUUCCCCAACGAGGAAGUCGGUAUGGACGUCGACUCCGAAGCGGACCUACGUAAUCACGACUUCGGACGCCCUAACUUCUUCACUCGUAACGAGUCCACUGGCUGGAGCACCCCUCCCAGUAGCCGCGCUGGCGACUUCGAGCCUGGACCUAGCGUGCGACCCCUGAAGGGCCACAAACGUAGCAAUGCUAGACACGACCUUAGGUCCUUCAUUGACCGGCCCAUCAAUGCGACGCAUGGAUCCUCGUCCCCCGCCGCACAGUCACGAACUCCCACCCAGCAGCGCAGCAGCCACGCUAGGACGCCGACUCCCGCUGCACCUCCCCGCAUCCCAGGGAAGUUCGUCAAGAAACGUGGCGCCGCCAAGUCCCCAACGCAGUCCUCCCUACGGGCGCGACAGACCUCUAGUGACGAGGAGAUGCUACCGACUAGCGACGCCCCCGUACAGUCCGACGCCUCUACGCACGACGCUCGGCCCCGCGAACCAGCCAUACGCCACGGCCGCGGCCGCUACUCCUUGUACGCCGUCGGUAACCCACCUGUCCAGCGCACGCCAUCCCCAGAGCUCAGCCCUUACGACGUCCUCCUCGCUGACUCCGACAUCACGAUCCCGCCGGAAGGUCUCUUGAAGGAGACCCAGGGCGACCGAAUGGACUGGAAGAAGAAGGGCCUGUGCCUCAAGCAGGCCAAGGCGUGGAACGACUUAGGCAGAGGCAGACCCCUCAUCGUCGUCCAGUUCGGAGAGCUUGGGGCCGAGGAAGCUGGCAUGAACGAACGCGCUGUCUUCCUUGUCGCGCUCCUAUCUCGUCUCUCCGAGCGCAAUGACGUCCAGGUUAACCCCGGACACGGCCCGCUGGAGGAGGGAAGGUACGAAGACAACAAAGACGCCCCACCGAACAAGGAGCCGUACUGGAUCGCUAUCGAGAACCUACCCGACGACUGGUGCAUCGCGUUGGCCCGAGCGGCCUGGCUCCGCGCCGGGAAGUACGUUCUCAACUUCACCCUCUGGCGACACGACCCCCCCACUCUCUGCGCGCAGUUCCGAUCCGUGUUCCGGUUCAAAGCGCAGUCGAAGGAGGAGUAUGAGGCCAUCGUGCGACGGGAACUCCUUAACUCCGAGCUGAUGACACUGACUCUCAACCUCCUCGAGGGCGACAUCGAGAGAGGAGGGAAGUGGCGUCGUGCGCUACUGGACAACGCAUUCGGCGCAAUUCUAGACUCUGUAGACGUCGAAGUUCAUAACAGCCGAAUCACGUCUCAUACGUCUGAGGAUAUAGCGUUCAUCCAUAUCUCCUCCCCUACGGCUGACUGGCAGGAGUGGAUCACCUUCAGGGACGCGGUGCAAGCCCACAAGUUCGGCUCUUCGGCGGCCGGACACCCCAUCCCGUUCCUCGGACGAGUCUUCUGUGGCUUCUGCCACUCCUUGGGCCACCCAACGGGUCGCUGCCCGGCCAAGCUGUUCUUCUUCCCCAAACAAUCCCUACCUCAGAAACAACAACCCACGCAAUCGUCGUCCGCGGGACGCGGAGGAUAUCAGGGAGGGAGGGGCAAUGGCAACGGCCGUGGACGCGGCGGCAGGGGCGGUAAGAUGCGCGGAUACUAG